GUUGUGUUGUUUCUCUUUCUUUCAAGAUUCGUAAAAAUGGCGGAAGCCGGUUGUGGUACUUUUCAUUUUCGUGUAAUUAGUUGAUGUGUUUGAUAAAUUCUUUAUAAACGAAGCAGAAUUUUACGUAACUGAUAAUAACUCGAUUAAACAAAACAUUAAUGUUGAUGGGCAUGCGGGUGAUUUAACAGAUGUGACUCCGGAGUGAAAUGAAGGCUUUUGGGAACAAAUCAAUAUGGCACUCAAGCUGGGAAAAUGCAGGCUUUGCCUCAAAUUGGGCGACUUCUACUCUAUCUUCACGGUGGACAACAAUAUGCAGCUCGCCGAAAUGGUCAUGGAAUGUGCGCGGGUGAAAAUAUACGAUGGCGACGGACUGCCGGACAAGAUUUGCAGCGAAUGUAUUCAGAAGCUGAGCAGCGCGCAUAUCUUCAAGCAGCAGUGCGAGCGAUCCGAUCAGGAACUAAGACGCAACUAUGUUCCGCCGCCAGGUUUUAGUUCAACUCCGCCGCCAAACAGACAAAGCAGUGACUCGGCGUUCUCAUCUCAAACUGAAGUUUCCAAGCCGUCUUCAUCCACCGAGAGUCAAGUUACACCCGUCAGUAGAAAUAGAAAGAGAAGUAGAGACAGCGUCGACGAAGCGUCUACAAGUAGUCGCUCCAAUUACAAACCGGGUAGUUCUAAAAGAGUCGACGAACUGCGCAUGUCACAGAAGAAACCAAGAAUUUCACAGAAUUCAGAUUCAGACUAUGAAGACAACAGCGCAUCUUUAUACUCCGCAGAAACGGAUUCCGACGAACCGUUACAAAAUAAGUGUAAGCAAUGCUCCAAAUCAUUCAGGUCAGCCAAAAGUUUGUCUGCACAUAUGAAAUCACAUAAAAGAAAACUCAGCACCCAAAACGCUCCGAGCGCUACUCCGGAAGAGCCAGCGAAAAAACAGAGAACCCAGGAAACCACACCGAAAGAAACCACGCCCAAGGAAACUCCCAACGAGAUGAGAGAUGCAAAAGACGACGAUGAUAAACUAAACUGUGACAAGUGCGGGAAACAGUUCAAAUUGAACAUAAUGCUGAAAAGGCACUACGAUCUCUGCGGGAAAUCUCCUCAAAAAGAGCUCCUAGUCUCUUUAGAGCCCUUAGACAUCAUCCUACCUACGAGUCAAUCCUCAAAGAUAGACUGUCAAAUGUGCACAACCAAGUUCAAAACUAUAGAAAAUCUGGAGAAGCACAUGAGAAUCGUGCACGCGGCCGUGUUGAAAAAAGAGAGAGUCUCUAUUACAUACGAGAAUGGUUUAGUAAGCGUACCGUGCGUGUUUUGCAACGAACCGUUUGAGGAUUACUACGUUCACAGCGCUCACCUGUCGACGUGUCCUCAAAAGGUUGACACAGUGAACUUUGAGUGUCCGGUCUGCAGGAAGGUUAUAGUUAAGAAAGCGUCGUAUGUGCUCCACGCGAAGAUGCAUUUUUUUCAAUUAGCUCCAAAAGAUUCUCCUCCUGAGAGACCUAGUACCACUACCAGUAGUCGUGAAAGUAGUAAGGAGCAUCAGUGUCGAAUGUGCACUAAGAAGCUGCCGUCCCAGGAAGCCCUGAUCAACCACCUCGCUGCACAUAUGAAUAAAGUGGAAGACGAAGAUGAAGACGACACGCUUGCCGCCGACGAUGAUAACAUUGAUAACGAAUCGAGAGCAAGCACCGUCGAAGAUUCGGCAUCCAUACAUUCGGACUACACGUCUCACAUAACCAGUGGACCUCUGACAUGUAGGUACUGUGACAAGAGCUUCAAGUACAAAAAGGCUUUAAAUUCCCACGAACUUAAACACACCACCGGAGAAAUAAAGACAGAGAAACCGGUGAAGAAACCCAAUAAUUUUUUGAACCGUACAAAUAAUUCUUAUCAAUCGGACGAGUCUGAUAUAGAGUCUAGUCAAGAUGAAGGCGAAGAAGACAAUACUUGUGAUAUUUGUGAGAAACAGUUCUCCUACAAAAGGUUGCUUAUAAAACACAAGCGAACUAAACAUUGUAUGACAGCGGGGACGAAGCGAGCGAAAAUAAAUUUAAAGGACUGCUCAGUGCGCUGUCUGAUCUGCGACAUAGAGAUGAAAGUGAGUGCGAUCAACGAGCACAACCAAACGCACAUAACAGCCAACAUGAAGCCCAGGAACCUGUACACUUGCAAGGAGUGUGGCGAGCAGUUUAAGAGUUGCAGUGGGCUCGCGAACCACAUCAAGCUAGUGCACCGGCUGCACCAGCCGCCCACCAGCAAGAAGAUCAUCGUGCCGUCCGCGGAUGUGGCGGAUUUUUGUGAGGUCGUUGUGACAAAGGCGGAACCCCUGGACGAGCUCCAGAGUCACAACGGCUUUGGAGAGGUUUCCGUCGACGCGAGUGGGUUUACUUGCCCCGUGUGCAGCAAGACACUGCCUACCCUCAUCUCGCUUAAGCGCCACGUCAACUGGCACAAAAACGUUGGCAAUAACAUGGAGAAAAAGCUGGAGUGCUUCGUUUGCAAAGAGAUCUUCCGCUUCCAAUGCCACUACAAGAUCCACAUGCGGCAACACUACAAAGAUCCCAAUAUUGACCCCAAACUGCUCACAUGCGAUAUAUGCGGUCGCAGGAGCAAGCACCUCCGCGCUGCGCAGGCGCAUAUGAACUUCCACAAACAGACGCGCUUCCAAAACAAGGACUACCAGUGCGCGAUUUGUAAACGAGUGUUCCAAUAUAGGAAAGUGUAUCUCUCUCACAUGGCAAUACAUUUUAAGCGCGGCGAAAGCGCUGCGACUGCAGUCGUCGGUGACGUCGUCCCGCUCACACGCGACGCGAAGAGAUACGACGGCACGCACACUUGCCACCUGUGCGGCAAAGUAUGCGACUCCGAGAACUCGCUCAAAUGCCACGUCAGCUGGCACAAUUCCAAAACGCUACUGUACGGCGCCAGGCACGAAUGCGAAAUCUGCAACGUCAUGUUCACCAAUAAGAGAAGACUCGAGCUUCACACGCGCACGCACUUCGAGGACGAGAACGGCCCGUACAAGUGCCAUAUAUGCGGGAAAGGAUUCAUCGUGGAAGACUACUACAAACGGCACGUGAAAGGCCAUAACUUUGACCACCAGUCCCACAAAAAGCGCAUCGAAAAGCUGAGGAAGGAUAAAGUGAAAUGCCCCAUCUGCGAACGGUACUACCCCGAUCUGAUCCAUCUCAUCCGACAUCUCCGACGUACUCAUCCCGAAAGCAAAAUGAUCAAAGAGGACCCUGACGCUCCGCCUCCCAUCUAUUACUCGUGUAAACUGUGCGCCAAGGUUUUCCUCGACGAGAGGCGAUUGCAACACCACGAGGAGGCUCAUUUGAGAAAACCUGAAUUCUUCAAGUGCAAGUUCUGUGGCAAGAAAACUAUCUCGCUCAAAAAUCAUAGAGUUCACAUAAAGGGGCAUUUAACUCAGAAGUAUAUCGACGAGCCCCUGAAGUGUCCGAAUGAGAAUUGUGAGGAGACGUUCCGGCGCGGCUACGACUUGCAUUACCACUUGCGCGACGCGCACGGCAUCACCGAGACGUGGAUCGCCGAGCGCGGCCCGCAGAUACUCGACGGCCCGCUUAAAGAACUGCAAUGUUCCAUUUGUUACAAAGUGCUCGCCAGCAAAGGCAACUAUGAAAGACACGUGGACUACCACAACUCUCUCCGAUGCAACUACUGCUUCGAGUUCUUCAACACCUUCCGCUUCCUCGAAGGCCAUUUGACCUUCAGCUGCGAGAAGAAAAAACUUAUCGGCGACACCGAAAUCUAUCCUAAAAAAGUCAAGUGCAACAUUUGCUACAAAGCCUUCCACUUGCAAGUGAAGCUCGACUGCCAUAUGCGUACGCAGCACGACAUCAGAACGUUCAAAGAAGCAUCCGAAGGCAAGAAGGAGAUUGUGUGCGAUUACUGCUUUAAGGUGUUCGAAAAUGAGUAUGCGCUGAGUACGCACAAGAUCUAUCACCGCACUAUUGGCUAUUACGGCUGCAUUUACUGCAGCAAGAAGUUUAACACAAUGACAGCCUACCGCAAGCACAAAAAUCAUCACUUUGCCCAGCUCAAUGUCGACAACCCUACCAAGUGUGAACACUGCGAUGAGACAUUUGUCGCUUUCCGAGAGAUGAUAUACCACAUGCGAGACGAACACGGCGAUGACAAGGAGUGGAUCAUACUACCCAAGGAGUCCAUUGAGGAGAAAUGCAACAUUUGCCAUAAAAUCUUCUUCAAUCUCCACAAACACUUAACUUACCACGAAGAAAACAGAUGUAAAAAGUGUGGGGAGUACUUUUUUUCGCAAUUGGACUACGAUAACCAUCUGUGCGCAAUUGACAGCGACGAGGAAGUCACUGAAGCCAACACUAACGGCGUCCGUACCGUUUACGAGGAGUGUACCUUCUGUUUCAAACCCAUCACCAAAAAGAGCUCAAAAAAGAAACACGAUAUUAUACACAAGGGGUCUGGGUCUAUAUCGUGUCGGUUCUGCCCUCUCAAGUUUAAAACUAUUGACGCGUUUAACAUUCACGCGUUCUCCCAUCGAAGCAGAAAGUACAAGAAGAAGCCGAUCAAAUGUCGUAAAUGCAAGGAAAAGUUUGUGAAAUACGGACCCUUUAUGAGGCAUAUGAAGGAAAUCCACAAGUCUUCUAAAAAGCUUCACUAUAGAGCCACAGUGAUGCCCGAAGAAUGCGUCGUGUGUCAUGACAACUUUCCUAAUUUGCACAAUCACUAUCGCGCGCAUUUGCAGAACCAAUGCCAGCAUUGCUUCAAAUAUUUUACUUCCUUCAAACUGUUUUCUAUGCACGAAUGCGAUAAAGAAGACUCCGAUCCAUCUAAAGUGUUCACGUGUGAUCUAAAUUUGAUUGAGCUUAUUAACAAUUAUGUUCCUAAAGACGAGAAGGAUGACGAAAAGUAUUAUGGUUACGAAGAAGGAGACGACGAAGAAGAAGAAGUGGAUGUAGAGGCGGUAGAAGAACCCGUCACUUUAAAACCUCUAAAACAAUGUAAAACUCCAAAGCAAAAGAAACUUCCAAAUAAAAAUAAAAAUCUAAAUCAAAUGCACGUCCCUGAUCAGACGUCACAGGAUGAGGACAGCCAAAAUUCUAUAGACAUCGACGAGCAAAAUGUCCAUGAGAUGGCACAUAAGCCGAUUAUAUCGGAUGUUCUUUCCCUUUUUAAACAAAAAGAUGACAACAAUGAUGAUAGCGACGUAGUCAUUUUAACAGACGAAGAUUCUGUAGGUUUUGAUAACAAUAUUAUGACUGUAAUAACUAUAGAAGAUUAAAAUUACAAAAUGACAAAAUGAGCCUAGAUAUAUACAAUUUACCACAAAAAGUUUAAACAAGCAUUGAUAUUAUAUGUGAUUUUAAACCUGGCAGAUUUCCCAUACGAAAACUAUCAAUUUAUCAUCAGUCAAACUUGUUUAAUUUUUUUGUGGUCAGAGUAGUUUUAUAUUUUUGGGUUUGUUGAGAAUAGCCUGCACUGGUUUAAUAAGGCAAAUUUUGUAUAUUGAAUUUAUUUACUGAAUAUAAAAACUAGACGUUGGUCAGUUUAAACCAGAUAGAAUUAUUCAACGAAUUUACAUAUUUAUUAUAUUCAAACAAUAAUGUUGUAUCACUUGCAUGGAAACAUCUUGAAAGGGUUGAUUUUAGGAGUAUUCCUUUAGAUAUAUUUUAGUGAAAGAGUCAUUAUAUCGUUUCAAAAAACAGCCAUGUGGGUAGUUACAUUUUUGAAAUCAAUGUUUCGAUUAGUUUUCUUUGGAAUUGUAAAUAUUAUUUCUAGGUGUUUGGUUUAGCAUUGUCUUUCAUUGCAUUUACUUGUGAUGGGUAAGUAUAGAAUUCUUUAUUUAGAUUCAUAAGUUUUUGGAUUAUAUUCUUAUGAAAGUUAAUUAUGGUUUAAACACCAAAGACAGAUUUAACGACAAGUUAGUUAAAGAUUCAUUGGGUACAUUUCUGUCGUCCUUUAAUUAAAAAGCCGUUUACAAAAAUUGUCUUUUUGAAUUAUAGCCAAAAAAUGUAUAUCAUUAAAAAUAAAACCGGAUUUUCCUAAAAAGCAAUGCUAUCUAAGACCAGGGUUUUUGGUUAGGUCGUACGUAGCAAACUUUUUUUUAGAAAUAUCACGUUUUUUUCUAAAAUCCUAUAUUUUUGGCGACAACUCCGUUUAACAGCUCUUUAGUAAAGGACAGCAGAUUUGUAGCUUGGACUGUUGCAUGAAUAAGUCGGGAUAGAAGCAGGAGCUACUUUGCGGAAGUCCAUGAUAUACAAGUAACCACAAGUUUAUUAAUUUACUGUAAGUAAUCCGCCGAAACAGACAAAUCUUUAUGGUACAAAACGUCCAGCAAUUUUGAAACUUUGAUAUUCUUCAUAGUGGAAUUUGCAUUUCUUGAAAAUGCUCUAGUGUCGGAGUGAAACGUACGUUGAGUGUGUUCUAGAAGGUUUGUGUGGUGUGUGUCGGUGAUGUGUAUUGCUUGCUUUUCCUGCUUCCUUAGUAGCGGGAGGGCGUGCAGUGCAUACCGCAUGCUGCGCGUUUUAUAAUGCAGAUUUGUUUGUUUUAGCGGAUUAUAGCAAAUUAAGACUGUGCUUCCUUGUGUAUCUAGUAUGAAUAGUUUAUCAAAAAAAUCAUGUGUAAAUAUACAAUGUUCGCCGGCGAUGAAGCUGCCAUUUUGUAAAUUUAUUAUAAGUGUAGAUUAUUAUUACUAAUUAUGCUUUGAGAUAAGUCUUAUUUUUUUAAUUAAAUUAGGUAAAAUGUUGAUUUCUUUAUGGCUGAUGGUCAGUACUCAGUAAUAUACAUACUAGGAUGUGUCUAGUUGUGUAACUAUUGCUGUUUUUUUUUUCUUGAAUCAUGUUUAAAAAUGCGAUCUUAAGCUAGGGUUUCAUAUAAAAGUGGUGGUCGCUAUUAUCGUUAUAAUGUACCAACCUCACCUGGCUUUAAUACUAGAUUAAUUUAUUUACUAUAAAUGAUAUAUGAAUAUGAUGCUUGUGACUUGCUUGGAUUUUAUUUUAAAGAUCCCGUGGGAACUCUUUUAUUUUUCUUUUAAAGUAGGAUUCCUUGUCCUACCUUCUCGGAAGGACUCGAACAGCUCCAUCUAUGACGCUUUCCUAGAAAACCCUAGCUUUGAUCUGCCUUUUAUAUGCCAGUGAAUGGCAUGCUAGGUGCUCGCAAGCUGGCAUGCCAGGUGCUUGUAGCUCGAUUUUGCUAGUAACUGGCAUGCUUUUGUGCGAGUAACUAGCAUGUGUAUCACCGGCUAUAUUUAAUUUAGGUGCCAAAGGUUUAAAAACCGAAAUCAUAAUUUCUUACAGGUACCAUAAUGUAAGAAAUUAUGUAAAGCCUGACCAGAAAUAUAAAAAACUUGCUCUGGGGGCGCCACUAGUACAUGGUCACUAAAUAUAACGCCGCGGAUACACCUGUAAGUUUUACUCACGCAAGUAGCUAACAUUCUUAACUUACGACUUUACUAAUGUAAACACCCGCAUAAGUACAUAAUUUACCUUAGUAAAGUUUUCAAUUAACUAUGUAAGCUAGUUACUUACUUGAGUAAAACUUACAGGUGUAAUCGCGGACUUAUGGUUUUGCAUAAAUUAGUUCUAAGAGUUUUCCGAUUCUGAUUUUAAUGGACUGCCAUUCCUUUCACGGCUGUUCUCGAGAAAAAUUAAGAUUUCCUACUAAGUAUAUAUUUUGAGUAGCUAUUUUAUAGGUAACCAAUUUUAGUACCAAUAAAAAUUUAGGUAGGUACCUACCUACCUAUAAUGUAUGUAAAAUGUCGAACAAUACCUAGUAGUUUUUUGUUAAUACAGUUGCAGUUUAGAGUUAUUAAUCUAUUCAAACAAUAUUUUUUUGUUACUUAUUGAACACAAAUCACUUUAGAAAAUGAUUGAACUUGAAUAAACUAUGAAUGUGUGCUUUUGUAAAUUAUAGCCAUAAUAGGUAACGUAAUCUUUCAUGGUUCCAAGUGAGGUCUAGCAGCCCUUAAUUUUAGGGUCAAAUUUGAUAUAAGUAAUGAUUCGUUAGAUAUUAGCUAAGAAUGAUAAUAUAAGUAAGGUGUUAUUAAUUUCAAUUAAAAUUAGUUAUGUUACUUUAUUUUCGAAGUCUUUAUUUUGUGAUACCACGAACUCGGACCAUAGAGAUGUCAUAUUCAUAGAGAUUGCAAUGUUCUGCAAAACUGCCUCGACCUGCCUGACCAAUUAGUAGACAAGGACAACGGAUGAGCUUAACAUUAACAAUAAGAGCUGUAAAAUAAAAACUUAGCGCAAUUGAAAAACUGUCACCGCUGCACAAAGGCAUAUUAUUUUAAUGAAAUAAUGGCACCUUUUGAACUUGAAAAGCGAGAGUCGAAAAAAGAUUGAGUUAUUUCCUUGAGUAUUUAUGCCUAGACGUCAUUUAAGAAGUUUGCUCCUCUAAACUUAUGACAUCUCUCUGAUUUAGGAUUCAUUUGAAUUUGUUUAUUAUUUCAAUAAUCUCAUAAUUUGUGGUGUUUCCUUUUGGAGGAAAUAAGAAGGAAUGUGUAAAUAAUAAACAGUGUAUUUAAUC